CGGCCCUCGGCCCCGGAGCUCGGCGGCGCCACCAUGUACUCGGGAGCCGGCCCCGUGCUUGCGCCCCCUGCCCCGCCUCCACCGCCCAUCCAAGGAUAUGCCUUCAAGCCCCCUCCUCGGCCGGACUUUGGGACCUCUGGAAGAACAAUCAAACUUCAGGCCAAUUUUUUUGAAAUGGACAUCCCCAAGAUUGACAUCUAUCACUACGAACUGGACAUCAAGCCAGAGAAAUGCCCAAGGAGAGUGAACAGGGAAAUAGUGGAGCACAUGGUCCAGCACUUUAAAACUCAGAUCUUCGGGGACCGGAAGCCAGUGUUUGAUGGAAGGAAGAAUCUGUAUACUGCUAUGCCUCUUCCGAUUGGGAGGGACAAGGUGGAGCUGGAGGUCACAUUGCCAGGGGAAGGCAAGGACCGCAUCUUCAAGGUGUCCAUCAAGUGGGUGUCGUGCGUGAGCUUGCAGGCGUUACAUGAUGCACUUUCGGGGCGGCUGCCCAGUGUCCCUUUCGAGACGAUCCAGGCCCUGGACGUAGUCAUGAGGCACUUGCCAUCCAUGAGGUACACCCCCGUGGGCCGCUCCUUCUUUACUGCCUCUGAGGGCUGCUCCAACCCCCUGGGAGGGGGCCGAGAAGUGUGGUUUGGCUUCCAUCAGUCCGUCCGCCCUUCUCUGUGGAAGAUGAUGCUGAAUAUUGAUGUGUCGGCGACAGCGUUUUACAAGGCACAGCCCGUGAUUGAGUUUGUUUGUGAAGUUUUGGAUUUUAAAAGUAUUGAAGAACAACAAAAACCUCUGACAGAUUCCCAAAGGGUAAAGUUUACCAAAGAAAUUAAAGGUCUCAAGGUGGAGAUAACGCACUGUGGGCAGAUGAAGAGGAAGUACCGCGUCUGCAACGUGACCCGGCGGUCUGCCAGUAGCCAAACGUUCCCUCUGCAGCAGGAGAGCGGGCAGACGGUGGAAUGCACAGUGGCCCAGUACUUCAAGGACAGGCACAAGCUGGUUCUGCGCUACCCCCACCUCCCAUGUUUACAAGUCGGACAGGAGCAGAAACACACCUACCUUCCCUUGGAGGUCUGUAACAUAGUGGCUGGACAGAGAUGUAUAAAAAAAUUAACAGACAAUCAGACCUCGACCAUGAUCAGAGCGACUGCCAGGUCGGCGCCCGAUCGGCAAGAGGAGAUCAGCAAGUUGAUGCGAAGUGCAAGUUUCAAUACAGACCCAUACGUCCGUGAAUUUGGAAUCAUGGUCAAAGAUGAGAUGACAGACGUAACCGGGCGGGUCCUCCAGCCGCCUUCCAUCCUGUACGGGGGCAGGAAUAAAGCGAUCGCCACCCCUGUGCAGGGAGUGUGGGACAUGAGGAACAAGCAGUUCCACACGGGCAUCGAGAUCAAGGUGUGGGCUAUUGCAUGCUUUGCCCCUCAGCGCCAGUGCACAGAAGUCCAUCUCAAGUCCUUCACGGAGCAACUGCGGAAGAUCUCAAGAGACGCCGGGAUGCCCAUCCAGGGCCAGCCGUGCUUCUGCAAAUACGCACAGGGGGCGGACAGCGUGGAGCCCAUGUUCCGGCACCUGAAGAACACAUAUGCCGGCCUCCAGCUGGUGGUGGUCAUCCUGCCUGGCAAGACCCCUGUGUAUGCUGAAGUCAAGCGUGUGGGAGACACGGUGCUGGGGAUGGCCACACAGUGCGUACAGAUGAAGAACGUGCAGAGAACCACACCACAGACCCUGUCCAACCUCUGCUUGAAGAUCAAUGUCAAACUGGGAGGCGUCAACAACAUCCUGCUGCCCCAGGGCAGGCCUCCCGUGUUCCAGCAGCCUGUCAUCUUCCUGGGAGCCGAUGUCACCCACCCGCCAGCUGGGGAUGGGAAGAAGCCUUCAAUCGCUGCUGUCGUGGGCAGCAUGGACGCACACCCCAACCGAUACUGUGCCACCGUGCGUGUGCAGCAACACCGGCAAGAGAUUAUCCAGGACCUGGCCGCCAUGGUGCGCGAGCUGCUCAUCCAGUUCUACAAGUCCACCCGUUUCAAGCCCACCCGCAUCAUCUUUUACCGCGACGGUGUCUCUGAAGGCCAGUUCCAGCAGGUCCUCCACCAUGAGCUGCUGGCCAUCCGUGAGGCCUGCAUCAAGCUGGAGAAGGACUACCAGCCCGGGAUCACAUUCAUCGUGGUGCAGAAGCGGCACCACACACGGCUCUUCUGCACUGACAAGAACGAGCGGGUUGGAAAGAGUGGGAACAUUCCAGCAGGCACGACCGUGGACACGAAAAUCACCCACCCGACUGAGUUUGACUUCUACCUGUGCAGUCACGCCGGCAUCCAGGGGACCAGCCGGCCUUCCCACUACCACGUCCUGUGGGAUGACAAUCGUUUCUCAUCCGACGAGCUCCAGAUUCUAACCUACCAGCUGUGUCACACCUAUGUGCGCUGCACGCGCUCUGUGUCUAUCCCUGCGCCAGCAUACUAUGCUCACCUGGUGGCCUUCCGGGCUAGGUACCACCUGGUUGAUAAAGAACACGACAGUGCUGAAGGAAGCCAUACCUCUGGGCAGAGCAACGGGAGAGACCACCAAGCACUAGCCAAGGCAGUCCAGGUUCACCAGGACACACUGCGCACCAUGUACUUUGCCUGACAUGUUCUAGUGUUUAGCGAUUGUGUACCAAGUUGGAUUCACACGAGACCAGCUACACUCAGACCAACAGAUGCCCAGCCCCUCUGUGACAGCCAGCAUCGGACAUGAGACGUCUUUGGUUUAUUAGAUUCUCCAUUUUCCAGAAUGCCUUCCGUCCCAGAUUUCAAACUUGAUUUUGAACUGCAGACCUGUAUGAGGCCCCAUUGUCGUAGGAAAUAUGGUUUGCCAAAAUCUAUAAGCUGCUUAUUAAAAUAGAGUCCCGUGUUUCCUAAAAACCCCCUAAAACCAGUCUAUGAACUCAGGGCUUUAAAACAUUUUUAAUUUAUUUGGUCAUUCAAUUUACUUGUUUUUAACACAUGAUUCUCUAUGAAAUUGAUGGGCUCAAACUAGCUGUGAGUGUUCCGAGAGGGACAGCAACACAAAACACGAUUGGGGUUUUAAAGCCUUGGCCCUUCUGAUGUUGUCACGAUUGCUGCGUUCCCAGUUGGCACCACACACCCCUGGCGUGGCUGUGCAAGCUCUGCGGCCCCAGGACGGGUGGCCACGCUAGGUGUCCUCUGGUGUCUCUCGCCCUGCCACUGCGUGCCCUCGAGGCCUGAGCUAAGGAGAGGGGCAGUGCAUGGCCACGUGUGUUUACAGCAGCAACAGGUCCAGAGUGAUUGGCAGACAAGUGCCAUUUUAAUAAAAAUUUAUUUAAAAAGAGAAAAAAAAGACAAUAUACUGACAGUCUAAUCAUAAGAUUUGUCCUAUAGGACUGUGACGUUUAUUUUCCAAAGUUUCUAAAGAAUACGGGUCUGUGGUGAUUAAAUACAGUACAAUCCUUUUUCACUGUUACGUCUUUAAUGUAAGAGAAAAUAUAUAUAUCUGGUUUGCAGUAUUAAUGUGAUAGGUAGAUAGAUGCUCUUUUCUUUUUGUUCACUAUGGGGUGCUUCUUGUGACCUGUUUCACAUAUCAGGAGCGGUUUGGAGCCUGGAGACAGGCCACCUCUUGUGGCUUAUAGUGCUUAAAUACAGGAAUAUGCAACUGACUUCAUGUGACAGCGACCUGCCCCCAGUGUGGACUGUGUUCCCUGUACCUCCGGGAAGGACGGAAUGCUCGCCACUCACUCUCCGUCCUCCCCCGCCUCAUCCCCGUGUGUCCUCAGCAGACGAAGCACAAAUGGGAUUUAUUUAUUCUUCCACUGCUGGGAAACAAGCUCGCGUCAGUGUGCGCAUCUCUCGGUGUGCGGUUUCCAUAGGAGGGUUUCAUAGGAUCUAUGCACUGAAACAGAGAGGAAGCUGCCAAUGGCAGCAAGGCUGGCAGGCGGGGUGAAGCAUGCCCGAGGAGAUGGCCGCAGUGAGGCUCCCUCUGGCGGAUUCGCAUCUGGGCCCCCAUGUGGGUUUCUCAGCCUCCAGGCCUUUGCACUGAGAGGAGCACCGUGGGCGGCUUUGUAGACAGUAGUAGCAGCCAUCACAGCGUGCGCCCGUGGGCUUUUGUCCUUGAACCCAAUCUGAGCAAGGGUUAGGUCCGUGUUCCACAUAGAGUUCCAGGAAGGAGACGAGCCUCUCCUAUGCUGCUUUGUGCUAUGUCCCCCUCCCUCCCCAGACCUGCGUGACAUUUACCUCUGGCCCUGCGGUAGAGCGAGGGUCCCACUGCAUGGUGCCUCAUAGUAGAGGAGGAGGCACCAUCUCUGCCUGUGAGUCGAAGCUGGCAGGAGGGAUGGGUGGCAAGCAACCCAGGAAGGUGUAUCCUCAGAGUGGGGUGUGCGUCUGUGUGUGCAUGUGGGUGUCUUACUAAUGACAUUAGUCUCUUCUUGCUGUGUCUCUCUAAAGUGACAGACCUUCCGUCUAAGAAGCUCUGUGGCUGCCUGUUGUCUCACUGACGAGUGGCACUUCCCCAAACUGUUACCAGAAGGAUGGGAGUACCCUCUCAGCUUAGCUCGCCAGGCGCAGCCAAGCUUCUGACUAGUCAACUUGUAGAAUCUGAAACGAUGUUUUCAGCCAUUUUCGGAACCAUGUGUCUCAAGUGUGUGUCAAGAGCCCUGUGAUGGGAUUUCAGUGUGUAGAGAUGUGGAUUUGUCAGGAUGCAGAUUCCCAGGCCUGCUGUCAACCUCCUGGAUCCGGGCCUCGGGGCUGCCUGGGCAUCUGUAUUUCUGGCUGUCACCUGUGGCUCUAGAGGCGAGGCAGGAGCUUCACAGCAGGCGGAAGUGCUGGCACAGUUCAUACCUCGGAAUGUAUGUGGGCUGGCAGAAAAUCAGACCUGUGAGUUUUGGGUGGGGUGGUGGGGGGUGUUGUUUUGUGUUUAUCAUUUGAAGGACAAGUUUUCUUUUUGAUGGGCCACAGUACUUAAAGAAAUGUACUUUUUUUUAGCCCUGUGAUUAUUUCAUGAAACUUUCAAUAAGAAAAACAUUAACCCACCAAUUUGUCCCUGGUUGAGUUUGCUGUGCAUCAUCGUACACGUCCGACGAUGCAGACUUUCAAUGGCUGUAGUUUCAAUUUCUCAGGUAAAUAAUUGCUUUCCCAAAUUUCUACCAGCUCCCUCCACUAGCAUAAAUUCUGAGACAUUGUGAAGACCUCGGAGCGCAGGAGAAGCCCAGGCCCCGUCCUGCUCUCAUUCCGCACCUGUGCCCACGACCGAUGAUGGGUGCCACCAGCUCCUAUGGUGGCUCCCUUGUCUUCUGGGUCUCCCGAGGUGGUACCUAGUCAAUUUGGGGACUCCCCAGUUGCUGGCUUUGUCCCCAACCCACUGUUAAGUAAGGUGUGCCUUGCUUGAAGCAAACUGAAUGUGAAGAUUAUGCUGUAGUGAUCUGGAUCCGUUGGAAAGGACAACUAGGGCGUGCCUGUCUCUUUAAGAGACACCUGGCAAGUAGAUUCUCACUUGGAGACUCCCUGGUACAUUGUAAGAUACUCACUUUUUAAAACCAGUCAUGAACCCAUCCGUUUCCCACUGUCUGUGACACGCAGCACGUUCUCUCCCCCUCCCCCCCCCCCCCCCCCCCCCCGCCGACAAAGUGAUGCAGGACUCCCGUCUUGAGCCCCAGUUUUGUAGAUGAGCCCUUGGAAAUACUUGCAGAGACAACUGUCCCGUCACCCGCAUGUCACAAGCUCCAGUCUCUGAGGCCAGGUCCAUUUUGUAAGGCUGAACAUCCCUGUACUUUCAUGCAGGUUGGCUGGGCUUUGGCUCUGUCUGUCUCGAGAAGGCUUUGCACCCACAUUUCUGAUACCACUUUAGGGUCUGCUUUGCCUUCUUCAGAAUCAGCCACUCCCCACAGCCGCCCACUUGCCCGCCUGCCGGCUGUGUGCCCGGCCUGACACUGCUAUCUAUGCCUGAUGUUUACCAUUAUUGAGCACUCGUUAGAAAGGCAGCCCCGGCAGCAGGGUUGAGCGGUUUUAUUGUUGUUAUAUGUUAUUUUAUUGUUUCUAAAUGCAAAUAUUGCUAUUUAUUUUGCCUGCUCUGGUUUUAUUCGGCUGAUGUGGAUACCCCAGUGCGUGUGGUACCUGAUGGAUAUGGUAGAGAUUAUUCCCCAACUUUUAUAAAUUACCUGAUGUUUACCUUCAAGUUUGAGGAUAUGCUUUAUUUUUGAAAGCCACAACUGUAAUUUUUUCUGGAUGAAUUGUUUUUCUUAGAUAUGCAGCAAUGCUUCUGCAUUGAUCUGUAGGGUGAUUUAAAUUUUAUUUUUACAAGGCAGUUUUUCAAUCAAAUUAUAUAUUUGAUACAAUGUGUUAAGGGUAGGCCAGCACGCGCCAUGCAGCAGGGACCCCAGAGUGUCCAGGAGGCCUUUAGGAGCUGGGAUGAUCUCUCUUGGAAGCCCCUGUCGUGGCCGCACUUGCUGGUUACAGGAGCCUUCAGGAACUGGCUGCCGUCCUUCGGCAUGACCUUGACCUGUUGGAUUGUUACAAGGAUUUUUCACGGGCAUUUUACUACGCCUAAGGCAGUUCCUUUAGACGUUGACCUAAUUCUGACAGUGGACAAUCUUGGUGGCCCAGAAAAGCCAUAAGAAACCUUGCUGUGACCUCUCUUUGACUCAUCUCUUACGUUCAUGAGGAAAGGAAUGUAACAUAAGUAGAAAGACACUUCCUUAGCAUUCCUAUGCUGCCCUUGCAGAGCCCGGACACUACUUGUGUUUCGUGAUACAGCAGCCAGGCUAGCUCUCUCCAGCCGCCGGGCCAGCGGACUCGCCGCUGUGAACGGUGCGCGUGGGACUGUCAUGGGUGGCCUGCUUCAUGCACGCUGACUCCUUUGUAAGGAAAAACUCUCAGCUCAGAAUCAAUGCACUGAUCUCUUGACAGCUUCUUUGUAUUCUCUCCAGCCUGCACCUGCUGUACUGGCUUGAAAGGAUUGUAAACAGUGUGAACAUAGGUCCUGCCUUGCACCGUGUGCCGCCACACGGGUCAGUGCUCAGUGCGCGAAUCGCGCGGACUGCACUCUAUUUUGAGCUUGAGCCUGUCUUGGCCAUCGUGAAAGGUGGGCUAGCCUCUUCAUGUUUCUCUCCCAGCAGGAAGUUUGCCGUCUGUGAAAAGGACAGCGUGCUCUCUUGAGGAUUACUUUGCAGUCCUUGAGGCUCUUCUGGUCUGUUCGGCUCCCUGACCCUCUGUAGGCUCCCAAAAGUGGAUCAGUGUAGUUCUUCCCGGCCUUUGUCAGCGUGGACGUCAAGUGCCUGUAGGGCGCAUGUCUGCUGCCUGUGGGCCCUUGUUGCAUCUCUCUGGCCAGCCUUUAGCUCAAAGCUGAAGGGUCACAUUGUGUCAUUUGUAGCACACCUAGGGAUGCCAGAAGACCUGAAGCCCAGUGUGGCCCCACGCAUCUUAUAAUUCUGUCUGGUCAGGAUACCAAGUGUCAGACCCAGAAAGGAGCUUUUACGCCCAAACCGUUGUGUGUAUGUGCAUGUGCGAGUACAUGUGUGUGUGUCUCAUGUCGUGUCUGUGCCAUCGUGGUGCCCUCACAGUGCUUCUUUGGAUGUAUCCUGCCAUCUCACUGUCUUAAGUUGAAUGUACUGGCUUAGCCAGAUCCCCACUGAAGGUGGUUCUGGGGCGUCUUCUACUUAAACAAAUGCAGAUCAAGCUACCUCUGACUUCUCAGAAGAGUUAUGUUUGCCCUCGAGCAUAGCUAUCCACACUGAAAAUAGCCAAAAUGUUGCCUGGAUAAACUGAAUUGUGGGCAUCUCUCUGUUCUGUUCUGGCUGGAAAAGGUGUGUGCCAUACUGUGAUCCAGGUGGCCAACAGGCCCAGGAGUUCUCCACGCUGCUUAGCCGUGGGGUUGUAGCACUGACAGGCUGGCAAGAAGGGCCUGUGGGCUUCUCUACAUGAGGACUGUGUCCUCCAGGCUGGGCGAGUGACGCUGGGCAGGGCCAAGUGUGGCCAAGCCUGGAAACAGCCUGUAUCCUGCCUGCUCCCUCCACCUGUUCAGUAAGAAAGCCCUGCUCUGCUUGCUCAGGAAUGAGUUGGGAGCAACUUUCUCUUCUUAACUUCUCCCUGUUUAGACAUGGAGGUGCUCAGCAUCUGCUCUUGUGCAGGUCACACACUUUAGAACAGCUGCCUGGUUUCAAAAUAUAACACAGGCAUAAUGUUCGACUUUUGGACACAUAAAAAUGAACUAAGGAUUGAAAGCAAAACAUUGCUCCAAGCCAGGGCCCUUUGUUUGUAAGGGGAAACAGUCCAUAGCUACAGCAGUAGUUCCUGCCAAUGCAGCAGCACUGGAGACCACCUGAAGGUGACUUGCAGGUCUGUCCUGGUGGGAGAGCUGGCGCCUCUGGCCAGCACUCCAGCAAUUAGCCACUUGGCAGUCAGAAAGGCGACCUCCUCUUGUUGUGGCUCCACUGACCUACCCUAGCCAUCUCUCUUCCUGAAGGUUUUGUCUGCUAAUUUUGGAAGUCAGCAGUAGCUCCAAGACCCCACCAGAAAUCUUGAGGUUCAGACAGACAAUGUCAUGAUGGCAGGCAUCUGGGUUCGUGGGGUAGCCCUAAGGACUCUAAUGCUUCUUCCCUGGUGGAGGAAUAGCCCUUGAUGCCUCACCUUGGGUUCUGAUGCUGUUCACACUGCACAGAAUGUGUUGACUCUGAAAGAGCUAGUGUCCUUUGCAGUUUAAGAAUGUCUCCAGUUCUGCCAUCACUUUUCUCCAUGUGCAGAAGCAGAGGAGGCCGGGGGUGUCUGUGGCCCCCUGACCGGCACCUGUGCCUGCAUGGGUCCUUGGGCUUGGUGGGUUUGCAGUGAGAAUCCAGGGAGGUGCAGGGUGUUGGAGAGAUGCUGGUGGUGUCUGUAGCCCAGUGCAAUGUGGUGAUGUGAGCCACUGUCCUGGUAGGGUUGCCAGCUCAGAGGCAGUCUCCGUGACAUCUGCUAGAGCUACCCCAACACAAGAGCCCUGGCCACUGCCAGCAUGGAGCUAGCGCUGGCCUUGUUGGUUGAAGAGCUCCCUGGUGGCCUGAUUGAAACCUUUUCUUUCUUAGGGGUAGAAUGGUGGUUGAAGGCUUCCUGACAGUCUGGCUGAAGGAUUAGACCCCCUUUCUUGGGGGUAGAAAAAGCUGAAUGAGCUCUUGUUUAGAAGCGCCUCGGACUGGGGUAUUUCCAUGGAAGCUAAAACACUGGGUAUUGGCUCUUCCCAAGGGUCACCAGGGUGUAGAUGUCAAGACCCUUUUCAUUCGGUUCUUUCUGGGUCCUCAAGGUCCUUGACACCAAUGAGGUGACCCCAAAAACAUCCACACCAGCCGCUGGCACAAAGCAGGUGGCUCGGCAGAAUGAGAUGUGUUGUGUGAGUGCCAUGCCAAGGGCAGGCUAGGGCAGGCACUCCGUCCCACGCAGCACACGGCCCAGGCCUUCCUCUGGGCACCGGCUGAGCCUGGCUGGAGAACCAGCCCCAGACCUUGUGCCUUUAAAGUCUGGUCUUCAGUGUCCUUUGGGAAUCGUACCGGGGCUGUACUUUUAGUGGAAGUGAGUCUGAACCGCUCCACUAGUCAGUGGCUGAGCCCUGCCUUGGAAGCUCUUUCCAUCCUCAGCUCCUGAAUACAAGGCAUGUCGCCGCCCCGUAGGCUGCAGCUGUGAGGACAUCUUCAGUCAGUCGCGUUCUGGCUUCCCUGCAUCCUGACAUGCAUGGGCACCUCUUCUGGCGUCUCAGCAGACAGGUGUGGUGCCAUCAUCUCGUCGGGCCUUGGCCUUGACCACCAGCCACAGUGCUGGGCCACUGCUUCCGGGCAUGUGGCAGGUGUGUGUUGCAGCGGGAGUAGACGGUCUCCUAGGGAAUUGGAAUUGUCUCUGUAAAUGUGUGUGAAGUCCUCAGGGGUGAAGUGCUAUUCAGUCCUGGCCUCAUUUCGAAUGUUUUUUAUUGUGGUCGCUCUGUUCUGUGACGGGGGAGACCGUCUACUUAGAUGUAGUGUCACUUAAGGCUGGCACAUAGGACUCUAGCUUCAGUAAUUUGUACCUCUGACCUAUUCAAACCAGAAUGUAGAGCAGUUUCUUGACUGGUGAGAAAUACCCUUCCCAGUCAAGGGGUGAUUUUAUGGUUGUAUGUGGGGAAGUAACCUGGUCUGUUUUCUAACUAUACAGAAAAGGCCUUUCCCUGAGCAGCACAGGCUGCAGAGGGGUAACAUGUUAACAAUUUUGGUUCCUCUUCAAAGCCAAAUAGACCCUUGAGAUUCAACUCCUAAAGGAUUCAACUUAGCAUUCAACCGAAAUUUGAGUCCUGAGUGUGCUAGUGAAUUUUAAUGUAGUUGUUACAGUUUUAUAACUGUAGAGGCAAGCGCGUUUUUAUUUUUUUAAAGUUUUAAGAAGUUUCUGUGCAGGAAAGUGGCUAACCCUGGCUGUCUACAAGAGAGAAUGUCGUACUGAACCCAGUCUCCUUAGCUUGGGUCCACUUUACAUUACAUGCCUAAAAUGUAUUAAGGGGUUUUAACCCUUACUUUUUCCAAUUUUUCUAGCUUUAUUUUAUUUUUAUAAAAUAAUUGAAAAAGAAGCAAAAAUGAAUUCAAAAGUCCCAUGGUGGAUCUUGCCCCUUCUUAAUUUUUCCCACACUUAAAGCAUUUUAGAAGACAUUUUGAUCAAAACAUAUUUGACCAUUUGAAGUGUACUCUUUGCUAAGAAAUUAGCAGCUACAAGGGCCUCGUUCAGGAAGUUCUCUGUGUAUGGUGGACCUGUGUGACCGUGUCUUGGAUACAGACCACACAGUGCUGCUUUGUAAAUGACAGUUCCUGUAUAAAUUAAUAUUAUACACCCUGGCCUCCUGUGUGCAGUUUCAUUUGCUACAUGGACUGUCCAAUUGUGAAAUUGCAGUACCUGCUAAACCCAGUUCUGAGGCUUUGUGUCACUGUCUUGGGUGUAGUACUGGCCUGUGUGUCCUGAGGGCUCCCAGUACUUGCAUGAUGCUAGGUGGUGGUGCCACUUUUAGAUUAAGCCUUAAUCAGAUUAAAUUUGUGAGGUCAGAGUAUGCAAAAAUACUGGCAGGGUGAGUUUCCACAAGAUGCUCGGCCAUAAUUUAACAGGUCUUUCCUCUGGAGCUAAAGGGAGCCUCCGGGGCUGCCCCUCUCCCCGGCCUGCUCUCCUGGCCUGGCUUGUCUGUUGCCCUUGCAUGAUGAAACAGACCGUGUGCAUUUCUGUGGCAGAAAGACCUAUUUGGAAAGUCUAGAGCCUUGUCAGGGGCACCUUUACUGUCUGAUCUUGUCUCCUUCAUCCGAGCUGAGUUGAUGCUGCUUGGGCACAGGUCUCUCUUGCAAACCUGCGCGUGCGCUGAGCUCCUGCAGGCAGUGCCAGCUGGCACUGCCUCUGCAUAUGAUUAAACAGUUUUGUUUCUGUGAAAGCAUCUUUGAUUUAGAAACAAAAUAGAGGGGACCCAGCUUUUUUACAAUGUGGACCUACCUCAGUUAAACAGUUGGGUGCUAUUUACUAAGUCUGUCAGUUAAAUUGGAAAAAGUAACCAAACAGUGAGAUGUGACUCCACCUGAAACUUGAAAUUGUCAUUUCCGUUUAUUUAAUAAUACUUUUAUUUAUUUUGUGCCUUUUAUGUUGAACCCUAACACAUUUUUAACCACCAGAAUAGAAUUAAGUAUGUUCUCUUGCAAGUGGGAAGCCCAACUGACCAUGACAGUACCCAGCCAACUACUACAGUGCAUUAGGGUUCCAACUGCUGUCUUGGGAAAAGGAAAAAAAGAAAUGUGUCCAGGAUCAAAUUUAACAUUUUACAGAUAAUAAAUCCCAAACUUUCCUAUGCGUUUAUAGCUAUCACUUUAUUUUCUGUGCCAAUGAGGGGGCGGCCAAAAAAGAAUCACAACUACUUUUACCAUUGCUUUUUCAGCGAUUCAUGCCCCUCUUCCUCUGGCGUGUUUUCUAAGAGCUUCUUUCAUAAGCAGCAAUGGCCCAGUGUUGGUUCUAGCUCCGGAUGUACGUGGCAGAGGUGCUGAGGACCAUGGGCGAGCUCACGGCUGGCAGGAGGCUUGUGCUCCGCCACAGCCCCGGGGUUCUGGAAAUUAGGAAAGUUUUCCAAUGAGUAAGAAAGUAAGAUAGGAGACCGAUGACUUUCCAUGCUUUUCUAUUUGGCAGUUUACAGUUCUAGACUUUUCCUACUCUACUGUGGCAAUCUUUUUUACCUUAAUUCUUUGGAGGUAACACAAUAUUUUGGAGUCUUAAGAAUUUGAUUUUAUACCAAUAAAAAAAUAAAAGUUAGGGAUCUUUCCUGUAGUAUAUAGUUUUACUAUUUUAAGGGGAUCUCUGGAUUUUACAAGAGAAACAACAUUCCUUAGUGGCAAAACUUUGAAAGUUAACUCGAGGCUUUUCUUUUUUUUAUUUUUUCCUUUUUCUUUUUUUCCUUCUUUCUUUCUUUUCGUUUCUGCUGCAGGAUCUCAAAUAAGGAAAAAAAUAGAAAAAAAGACAUGAUUGUAGUUAACUGUUUUUAAUGUUUUAACUUCCAUCAGGUUGAUAGUAAGCUAUAUUUUGUAAGAGAAUCAUCCUUGGGUAUGCUGCAUUUUAAGCUCGGCGAUGUUGCACUUUGUCCGUAAUAAUAAAUGCCCUGCAAUUGGCUUGCCAGGAAGUGUUUUGUUUUUGCCUCACAGGAGUACUUGGGGCAGGUGAUUAAAUUUAUAUAGGUACCUCAAGAAAAGAACCUGCGUAUGCUGCAUUUUAUUUCUUUAGCUUUUACAUGUAGCAUUUUGUUUAUUUUGUUUAGAUAUAUGCUUUUUGGACCCCAAUAGACUGUUGAAAGAAAACUUAAAGUUAGUAUCCUUUUUUUUAGUUUUUAAUUUAACUGCAAUAUCUGGUUCAAAGGUCGCCCUACUUUAAUGCUUUCCCCAAGCACACCUGAGGAAAAGAUACUGUGCUUCUCAGUAGACAGUGCCGUUCGGAUCCUCUCUGUCCGUGCUGCUUCCCUCCCCCCUUCCCCAUGCCACCCGGGGGUGGGUACCUUGCUUCUAAGCCCCAAGCUCAAAGUCGUGGCACCUUAGCUUGUCGACACAGACCUCGCGGCUUGCCAUGAGUAAGUAGCAUGACCCCACAGGUACGGCUGCGGGAGGCCCCUGGUCAGUCUGCCCCAGAGGUGUAGCCUCGACUUUCUUUCUCGGCACUCCCCCGCGCUGACCCGGCGGGGUGGUCCUCAUGGACAAGACCACUGGUGAAGAAAGCUAACCGCUGAGACACUGAGCAGUUCUUGUCAUGUUUAAGCUUAGCUGGGUCCUUUCAAGUUUGUUUUCACAGCUACUAGGUUAAAUAGUUUGCACUAUUUUUGCAAUAAAUUCAUGGAAAACCUAACAGUUACUUGUUUUUGUUUCUUACUGUGUGUAUAUAAACUAAUACUGAAAGUUUGGCAUAGUGGUUUUUCACCUCCUUACAUAGCCCCUAACAUGCACAGAAUGCUGUAAGUCUGAUGAAGAUGAUGUGAAUGAUAUUUUAUAAAGUUAUUUUGUAUGGUGUCGAUUUUGUUUUGCCUCAUAGUAUGUCAGCAAAAAAAUAAAAUAAAACUCCUCAUAUUUACAACUGCCUCUUCCAAAA